CGCAACGUUCGCCGCGUGUUUGGCGUCGCUCGUCAUCAUCUGCUACUUCUAAACCGAUUCACACACCCUUCGGAACAACAUUGCCAUCUUCUAGUGGCUGAGUGCUAUAUAAUUGACACCUACCGCACAAAAGCAAAGAAGCUAAGUCACCACACAGACGUGUGCUCACGCGCGCGUGCAGGGGGAUGGGCUCGUUCAGCAACACCCACACAAUUAGAAGAGGCGGUCUCCAUUCGGAGCGAC